GGUUGGUGAGAGAUACACAUAGAAGGGCUGAUACAUCUCUGGCUUCAUUUUCUAAAAUCUAGAUAUCCCUGCUCUAGACAGAGGAUCGUGUAGAUGCUGGCUUGGAGAUGGACCUGCUAGAGGAUCUUGAGACCCUGAAGUUUGAGUCCGGGAUUCAUGAGGAAGACCACAGCUGGCUGUAUUUGCUGGGCCGUUCUCAUGGCCUGAUGAUCAAGGCCUGUGCCCACGCAACCUUCUUCUGCAAGCUACUCCAUAAUUUGAGAGAAUCAUUCUCCAGAAAAUCAGUACCGGAGAAGCGAACGUCUAAAUGUCACUUGACUGGGUUGUGUGAAGAAACUCAGGAUGACGACGCAUUAAAGGUGGGCAUCAUCGGAGGUGGCCACCUUGGGAAGCAACUGGCACGCACUCUGCUCCAGCUCGUCCCCAUCCCUGCUGAGAAUCUGCAGAUCUCCACUCGGAGGCCAGAGACCCUGGAUGAAUUCAAGAAACUGGGAAUCCAGUGCUUUUACCAGAACACUUCUCUGGUUGAAUGCGCCAAUGUGGUAUUCCUCUGCUGCCUGCCAUCUCAGCUGCCUAAUAUCUGCGUAGAAAUUCAAACCCGGCUUGGGAAAGACUGCAUUGUGUACAGCUUUGUCUCUGCCAUCCCAGUAUCCAGGUUGAAACUCCUACUGAAUCACACUAACAUCUUGCGGCCCCAGUAUCAGUGUGCUGAAGAUCUUGCCCACAUCUGGGGGGCCAAUAAGGAGAUCACCGCUGCUCUCCAAGACCCCGCGAUUCUUCAGGCCACCUGCCCCUACAGCCCUGCUGGGGGAAUAAGCCUCAACAUCAAGUGGCUGGAGGGGAUGUUCUAUGCACUCUUAAACUUCUGCACAGCAAAGGACAUGCCCCACUCACAAGUGCUGCAGCAUCUGAGCGAACUGUUCUCCUCCCAGCACCUCGAGGCCUGUAAGGAGGACGAAGCAGCGCCCUUAAAAUUUCAAGCCCAAGAUUUUGUCAGUAAGAUCUAUGCCAAGAACCUGUCUCAGAAACGGCCUUUCCCCUUGUUUGAUCUGACUACUGUGCAACUCAAGGAAACUCCCUUUAGCCAGUAUCUGUCAAACAGCACUACUUUUCAGGACCGCUUUAUCCAUCUAUACUGUGACUCAUUUGGCAUCUCCCUAACCAAAGAACAAGAACCAGAGGUUUCCACGGGUUCUCCAUCCCAAUAAGAGAAGAGACAUCUCAGGAAUCAUGAAUUUUUCUCCUUCUAAUCAGGUAGUGCUUUGAUUAUUGCAACUGUCAGUGGAAGUCAUGUAUUUGUCUGGUGUUUCCCAUAUGUUAGGCAAUGACGAAUUACAAAAUUGUACUGAUGGCUCUUUAAAAUCUAGAAUAAAAGUUCUUUACAUCAGUA